AACUUGGUUUAAGCGAAUACGGAAGUAUGUAACAUAUACAUAUCUCGCCAUAAAGCACAUGACACAGAAGUUUCCAGUAAAACAACAUUUCCCAAAAUGCAUCACCCGUUCUGGUGACAUCCACGUUACGAUGAGGUGAUCGAAGCGGUUGUUAUCGUCCCCAUGGUUGUAAGAAGCGGCCUGGAAAUUGAGGUAUAACUGCUGUUACAUCGGAGUCAACGCGGUGUCCCCGGACCGUAGGGUCUCCGUUUCCCUCUGGAAUUACUGCGAGCCUUAAGGUUUCAUCACCUGCUUUGUUUUUGGUGAGUUUAUCGCCAUGUUAUCAUCCGUUCCCACCAGGCUAAUUGCCCGAAGGUCGCGCAGCCUGUCACCGUGCAGCCGCGUGCUCCAGACCAGCGCAAGCGGGGCCGCAUGCCAGAGCAUCCGCGAGACACCGGCAGAGAUGCACCGCAACCCCAUCGUGUCCACCUCUCGGGUCUCUAGAAAGGGGAUUUUAGCCGAGGAGACCGCUGGUACCAGUGUGAAACAGGCGGUGCAGUACCACCAUCUCGCCCCUAGAUGGCUGUCCAACCUGGAGAACCGCCGCGGCUCAUGGGCGGCUUUGGCCAGCAGAGGGCGGAACAAUCAUCAGUACUGGGAGGAGAGCGGCCAGCGGGACGGAGGUGAUGGCCGGAGGACAGGUGGAGGAGCCAGCCGGGCAGGAGUGGCUUCUGCCGGUGUGCUGUCUGCUGCAGCCGUGGCGUUAUGCCUGAAGAAAGAUUCUGAUAACAAAGGUGAUGGACUUCUGGAGGCAGCAAGGACCAAUAACUCUGAAGAUGUGACCAGGCUGGUUAAAGAGGGGGUUGACCCUAACCACCGUCACCGUCUGGGUUGGACCGCUCUCAUGGUGGCUGCCAUCAACCGACAGCACAGUGUGGUGAAGGUUCUGUUGGAAGCUGGUGCCGACCCAAACAGCGGAGAUCACUUCAACAACGUUUACGACACCUCACGGGAGAAAGGCAUCCACUCACUGGAAGUUCUCGUGUCCAGAGAGGAUGAAUUCAGCAGCAGGCUCAGCAGCAGGGCCGGCUUCCGUGGUUGCACAGCACUUCACUACGCCACACUGGCUGAUGAUCCACGCACUGUCCGCAUGCUGCUGGAGGCCGGUGCCAACCCCCUGCAGACCAAUGGUUUGGGACACACAGCACGGGCCUAUGCUAAGGAGGGAGAAGUGAGCACAAUACUGCAGGAGUUUGAGGGCAAGUUCCAGGAGGCGCAGGCUCGGCGGGAGGCGGAGGAGAGGCGGCGGUUCCCCCUGGAGAGGAGGCUGAAGGAGCAUAUCAUCGGACAGGAGGGGGCCAUCAAUACUGUGGCCUCAGCCAUCAGGAGAAAGGAGAAUGGUUGGUAUGACGAAGAGCAUCCCCUCGUAUUCCUCUUCCUCGGCUCAUCAGGAAUUGGAAAGACAGAGUUGGCCAAACAGGUGGCUCGCUACAUGCACAAGGACAUCAAAAAGGGUUUUAUCCGUAUGGACAUGUCCGAGUUCCAGGAAAAACACGAGGUGGCAAAGUUCAUUGGCUCCCCGCCAGGAUACGUGGGACACGAGGAAGGGGGUCAGCUGACAAAGCUGUUGAAGGCGUGUCCCAACGCUGUUGUCCUGUUUGAUGAAGUAGACAAGGCCCACCCUGAUGUUCUAACUAUCAUGCUGCAGCUCUUUGAUGAGGGUCGCCUCACAGACGGUAAGGGGAAGACCAUCGAAUGUAAAGACGCCAUCUUUAUCAUGACAUCUAACAUUGCAAGUGAUGAAAUCGCCCAGCAUGCACUGCAGCUUCGUGAGGAAGCUGAGGUGCUAAGCCGCAGAAAGCUGGCCGACAACCUCGAGGACGUUCAGAAAAGUGAUGACAUCAAAAUCUCCCGACAGUUUAAAGAAUCUGUGAUUCGACCGAUCCUGAAGGCUCAUUACCGGAGGGACGAGUUUCUGGGUCGGAUCAAUGAAAUUGUAUACUUCCUGCCGUUCUGUCACUCAGAGCUGCUCCAGCUGGUCAGCAAAGAGCUCAACUUCUGGGCUAAGAAGGCGAAGCAGCGGCAUGACAUCACUCUUCAGUGGGAGCGCCCGGUUCUGGAACUGUUGGCGGGGGGGUAUAACAUGCAUUACGGAGCACGCUCAAUCAAACAUGAGGUUGAGCGGCGGGUCGUCAACCAGUUAGCGGCAGCGUACGAGCAGGAGCUGCUGCCCAAAGGUUGCACCCUGCGUCUGUCUGUCCAACCAGAGGACCUGCAGGAGCGGAGCAUGCCCAGCCUGCGCCUUGAGGUGGUAGGAGAGGACAGCAAAUCCAGAACACUGGACAUACGUCCACCGCUCAGCCCUGAACACUGAGAAAGAAACAGAGGAUAUAUCCAGAUAUUUAUACACACAUGUAUACUUUCCACACACACAUAUCCUCAUCAUCAUCGUAGUGUCAGGAGGAUAGUGGCUUCCUGAUGAAUGUUACAAAUAAAAGUACCUCUGAUAAACGCAUCACUGCCUCUCUGUUUCGGUACACACACGCAGUAAUUACAUGCCAACUUUUCAGCAAUAUUGCAGUACAAUAUCUGCAAACACUGUUUGCUGUAAACUAUAAAGUCAACUUACUUGACCAUUCAAGUUUGUUAGAACAGAUGUUCGUAUCAGCUGGGUGCUGAUAGCAAGAGCUGUGCACACACUCAUUAGAUAUAAAACUGAUAAAUAAAUGUAAAUAUGGUGCAGGUCGUAAACGUAGCAUAGAGGCUUCAGCGUGCCUGUGCAGCUUCAUGACCAUAAAACAUCUCAUCAGUGGAGGGAAACCAUCUUAUUAGUCAAAACAAAAGCUUUACAUCAAAGUAGCUGUGACAUAGUAAUAAUUGAAUGUCCACUUUGUAGUGUAGAUCACUGAACACAGCCAAAAUAAAUAUUUAUUUUUUAGAGAUAGAGAUAUAUAUACAUGUAUAUAAAAAUAAUUUAGUGGCAAUGAACAUCUGACAUUGGUAGGAUGAAUGACAGUUUUGUCAUUGCAUGCUUUGGCAGAGACAGGACAAAAAAAAAAAUUUAAAUGGAUAUUGAUAGAACAUUAACGGGUAGCAAACAAACCUUUUUAAUACUUAAAAAGUAAUUUGAUUUAUGAAUUAAAAUGUUUUGCCAAAGUUGGAUGAAUAACAUCCAGUUUGUCCAUUCACUGUAGAGAAAAGGGAAGUAUUCAUGACCAAAGAUAGUUUGACAUUGCCUCAGAUCGUUGUUCACAUGAAUGCACAUUUUACUCACCAGCAGAGCAUCACUGAUAAAUGUUUGUAAACACAAUCUGCUUAUUCCUUUUAUGUUAGCAAAGGAUGGGUUUGUGGAGAAAUACUAAGCAGAAAUGGAAGGCAGCCCAUUUGAAUGAUGGGUUAUAUAACGGCCUUGUGAAUUGUUUUUGUUGAUGCAUGUUAAUGUAAAGACGUCUCGUCUGUCAGUGUGUGUCUGCGCAGGCAAGUCUAUUUGACAUUAAGAGUCAUAAAGAAAUAAUAUUCAAAGUGUUGUUUCAUAAAUGUUUCAACAGCAUGUCGACAAGGCGCCAAAAUGUAAUCGAGCGACAUUUUUCAUUCUUGUAUCCCAACCUCCACCGCGUAAAUAAAGUCAUCACAAC